AGUGUUUGUAGUACUAGAUGAUAAGUAAAAAAAAAUAAAAGCCUUCUCUUACGGAACCAAAUAAUUAUAAAUUCUUCAUCGUACUGCAUAAAUUUAUUAUAACAGUUCAUAAUUACAAAUGAUUUCAAUAAUAAAAUAAUAUGUAAAAAAAUCAUUUCAAGAUUUAUCACAUUAUGUUACAUAUUACUCAUCUCUAGAAAAUUGUUUAUUUUGGAUUGAGAAUGUGAAACACGCCAUAAAUUGCGACUAUUUAUAAAUACGAAAAAUGAAUUUUUUGAAGCAAAAAUUUUAUGAUAUAGUGGUUCCAUAUUUUUCCAACCGAUUAGAAACAAAUAAUCAACAAAGAGUAACAAAAUGCGGGAUAUAUUUUGAGAAAGUAUAUCAAGUUUUAAGCUGGGAAGACACUCGAUUUAGUUUGGUGGUUUUUGUUAUCUUCAAUUAUUUAUUUUGGUUACUGGUGCAUUGGCAGAUAAGAAUUUUCGGACUUUUAUUUUUAAUUAUAUUAAUUUUAUUUAUAUGGGACUCAUUUUUUUUUAAUGACAAUCAAACGGAUGAGCAGAAAAAAUAUACAGAUAUGACUGAUAGAAUGUCGUCUUUUAUUAUGGAUAUGAUUUACAAUUUAAAAGCAUUUAGAAAAGAAAAUUCACUAAUGUUCUGUAUUGGUAUGUCGCUGGUAUUUUUCAUUUUAAAUGUGAUUGCAAGAAAUGUAUCAGGUUAUUUAUUUUGCUAUAUAUUAUUACUGCUAAGUUUUUUCAUACCAUUAGCAAUCAAAUUACUACCAGAAGAAACUAAAACAUCCAUGAGGAACAUUAUAAAGUCUACUUUUAAUAUCAAAGGGUCUGUGGCUGAAGAAGAACUGGUUCCUUCUUUAUAUGAUUCUCAUGUAGAAAAUAGGGAUGCUGAUUUAGAAAGUUUAUUAACUGAUCGAACUGCAGAUUCAGCAUCAAAUUCCUUAGCUAGUGGUAUUACUACAAUGCCAUCGUUUCUAGACAUGGCUGAAGUCGAGAAAGAUAUCGAAGAAGAAGACCUACUCCCACCUUAUUCUCACAGUGAUAUAUCCAGUGAUUCUGAUAUUGAACACAAAGAAUUAAAUAUCGAUUCUCUACAUUUUAAUGAAGAUAGUAGUUCCUCAGAAGAAGACAAAUUUUUAGAAAAAAAUACAAGUUUCCCUAAAGACUAUGUGGAUGAUUCAAAUAGUUCAACAUUUGCUAAUGUACAAACAAAUAUUGAUAAAAUAGGUAAUUUAGUAUCGAAUGUAUUGAGUUACGCCCAGUCCAUAAGAAAGACCGACAUUAAAAGAGAAAAUAGUAGCAGUGAUAGUGAAUUUGAAUUCGUAAAUUCAUCAGAUAUCAAAGAUUAAUUAUAGAAUUAGUUAUGUAAAUGUGAUGAACCCUGUAUCAAGUCUUUGUAGCAGCUUAUGAGGAACGCUUUCUAUUAGUAUUAAAAAAUAGUAACAUUUCGUUGCUAUUUAAAACAAUAAUAAUUAUUUCGUUUGAGCUCUGUCUUUAUUAAAACUAAUUUUUGAA